CUGGGGGGCGCUGUGGUGGUGAUUCGGCAGUAAUGGCGAAACAAAGAAGAAAGAAAGCUAAAUACAAAACCCAAACGGAAGCAUUAGAGGAAAGAUCCUGAAACGGGUUUGAAGUCUUUGUCGAGGUCGCCCGGUAUAAAAGCUCUUUAACAAUGGUGAAGAUUUUUGUGGGGAACCUCCCCCGAGAGGCAGACCAGGAGGAGAUCAAGGCUCUCUUCACCCAGUACGGCACGGUCACAGAAUGUGCAAUCAUCAAGAACUACGCCUUCAUCCACAUGGAUGACCGCAAGGCUGCCACUAAAGCCAUCAAGAAUCUGCACCUGUACAAGCUUCACGGCACACCGAUCAACGUGGAGGCCAGCCACGGGAAAAACCAGGGAUCUGUCAAACUGCAUGUGGCUAAUGUAGAAAAGGGAGCUGAUGACGAGCUCCGGGCUCUCUUUGAAGAGUACGGCACAGUCUCAGAGUGUGCUGUCGUCAAGAAUUUUGCUUUUGUACACAUGUCCAACUCUGAUGAGGCCAUGGAUGCCAUCAAGGGACUGGACAAUUCUGAAUUUCAAGGCAAACGCAUCCAUGUCCAGAUUUCUAAGAGCCGACCCAGACACGACGAACGGGAUGACUACCCCCCUCCUCCCCCAGACAGGGGAGGCUAUUGGCCUCCUCGUUAUCCAGGAGAGAGGCAUGAGCCUCCCCCUCCGCCUAGCUACAUGAGAGGGCGCCUCAGCCACCUACCCCCAGGUUACCCCGCUCCUCCUCUGCCACCCCCUCCCCCUAGACGUGCUGUUUAUCCCGAGCGCCCCUAUGAGGGUGAGAGGGACAGAUAUGGUGUUGUAGAUUACUACGAGAAGUACAGAGCCCGUCCGUAUGGCAUCCCCUCAUACGAGGACCAACGUGGUGGCGCCCCUCCUCCCCCUCCCCCUCCAGCCGUCGUCCGAGACCGCCUUAUGACCUCGUCGCUCGACCCGUAUGACCGUCGCCCCCUCCCACCUCCUCCGUCCUCGUACUACGCCCGAGAUCGCAGUCCCCUAAGGAGAGCGCCUAGCGCACCAAUGCCCCCCGCCAGUAAUGGCUACUCCUACGAGCGCUCCAGACUCUCUCCCGUUUCCCGGGUCCCAGCAUACGGAAUUCCACGCGCCAGGGACCCCUACGCAGAACGGCUGCCUCCGCCACCGCCUGCACGCUACGCUUAUUAAGCCCUGGCAUGUUAAGGAUCGUCGUCCGACUGCGUCGCCGCUCGCCGCCUCCUGAUGCUCGUGACACUAUCCUCUUCCCGCCUGUGGCUGAGCGCGUUGCGUUCUACUGCGAUGUUCACAGGAGGAAAGGAAUUGCCGACGUCCACGUCUGUUUUUAGUAUUUUGGGACAGUUUUUACUCGCUUUACUCCUCCCUGAUUGUUUUAGUUUCUUACUGUGCUGUAGCAUUUUUUUAUGCUUGACGUAUAUGAUUUAGGCGGAGUUUUUUUUAUUUGUACUUUAACGUUAAAAGUAUAGUAUUCUGAUGUUGUGUGUGACCUUAGAGAGCUGAAUACUUUCAGCAGCAGUCUAGGCGAUACUUGUGUAAAUCUGUAGAUUUAACUGAACUGUAUCAUGUUUGGUAUUAAAUCUAAUCUGCACGUUUGUUCCAUUGUGUUACGCUUACCAAUCGCAAAAAAACAAAGCUCCAUAUGGCGUUGCUGAACAUUUUCUAACUGCUAAAACAAAUGUAAUAGAAUUAUGUUUAAAGAAAAUUUUCCGCAAGGCGUUCACAUAAACCUGUCCAUUGUCGAACCUUGUUUUUAAUAAACGGAAUUGUGCAGUAA